UCGGGCCGGCGCGGGGCGGUGGCGGCCAUGCAGGCGGCGGCGCAGGGCUCGAAGGCGGCGGCGCAGGAACUGGUGAAGUUCGUGAACCGCAGUCCGUCUCCGUACCACGUGGUGGCCGAAUGCCGCAGCCGGCUACUGCAGGCCGGCUUCCAGGAGCUGAAGGAGACGGAGCACUGGGACGUGCGGCCGGCGCAGAAGUACUUCAUCACCAGGAACUACUCCACCCUCAUCGCCUUUGCCGUCGGUGGCCAGUUCCAGCCCGGGAAUGGGUUCAGCCUGCUAGGAGCCCACACCGACAGCCCCUGCCUCAGGGUGAAGCGUCGCUCGAAGCGGGGACAGGUGGGCAUAGUGCAAGUCGGAGUGGAGACCUAUGGAGGGGGCAUCUGGAACACCUGGUUCGACCGUGACCUCACCGUGGCCGGGAGGGUGAUCAUAAAGGACCAAGCCACGGGGCGCCUGGAGCAGCGCCUGGUACAUGUGGAGCGGCCCAUCCUCCGCAUUCCUCACCUGGCCAUCCAUCUGCAGCGCAGCAUCAAUGAGAGCUUUGGGCCCAACACUGAGCACCACCUGGUUCCCAUUCUGGCCACUGCAGUGCAGGAGGAGCUGGAAAAGGAGGUGCUUAUGGAGUCCACACCUUGCAGUGCUGCAUCCCAGGCAGAGCGGCACAGCCCUGUUCUGCUUUCCCUUAUCUGCCCCCAGCUGGGGGUGAAACCAGAGCAGAUUGUGGAGAUGGAGCUAUGCCUGGCAGAUACACAGCCAGCGACACUGGGUGGUGCCUUCGAUGAGUUCAUCUUCUCCCCACGUCUGGACAACCUUCACAGCUGCUACUGCGCCUUGCAGGCCUUGAUUGACUCAUGUGCAGCACCCUCGUCCCUCUCCGAGGAGCCCAAUGUGCGUCUCAUCGCGCUCUAUGACAACGAGGAGGUAGGGUCAGAGAGUGCACAGGGUGCAGAGUCCUUGCUAACGGAGCUGGUGCUGCGCCGGAUCUCUGCGUCGCCGCACAACCUGACAGCCUUCGAGGAGGCAGUGGCCAAGUCCUACAUGAUCAGUGCUGAUAUGGCCCAUGCUGUGCACCCCAAUUAUGUGGACAAGCAUGAGGAGAAUCAUCGUCCAGCCUUCCACAAGGGCCCUGUCAUCAAGGUGAACAGCAACCAGCGCUACGCCUCCACAGCUGUCACUGAAGCUGUGAUCCGGGACAUUGCUGCCCGCGUGGGUGUCCCUCUGCAGGAGUUCAUGGUGCGCAACGACACACCCUGCGGCACCACCAUCGGCCCCAUCCUGGCCUCCCGCCUGGGGCUGCGUGUGCUGGACAUUGGCUGCCCCCAGCUGGCCAUGCAUUCCAUCCGGGAGAUGUGCUGCACCUCGGGGGUGCUGCAGAGCAUCACCCUCUUCAAGGGCUUCUUCGAGCUCCUGCCGACGGUCAGCAGCAGCCUGGUGGUCGACUGAACAUGGCGGGGAGGGCGUAGCAGUGGGUUUAGUCCUGGGGCCAUUAAAGCAUUUCUGUCUCACCA